AUGUUGGACGAGACCAAAUGCCAUGCAGCAUUGCGUGGUCACCCGAACACAGCGAUCGUCGAGGAACUGCGGGAGAUGCUGCGACGGGAACCGACGCGGCUCGAUGUGAAGGAAGAUCUCGAGGAAGAAAUUGACGAGUACCAUCGCCGAGAAGCUGCACAGAGACACCAGCAGCCCAAACGAGCGUUGGCGAAGCAACCCCGCGACCACGCAAGUUUCCACGACGAGUUUAGUUCGAUCUCGCAUGUGUCCUCGCACCUCCGACCGUCGACGUCCAUGAGGCAUGACACUCCCUCCACGUAGAAUAUAUGGACAAAUGGUGUCCGAAAAUAGUGUUUAACAGGAGAACGGGGCCUUUGUCUCGUAUGAGUUUGCCA